CAAGCAGUGUCGCGCGUUGUUGUUGCGCCAUGGCGCUGCGUGGACGACGACACCACGGCCGCGGCGGAGAUCCAAAGACCAUGGAGGAAAGUAAACCAAAUGUGACGAAAAUGCAGGACCCAAUGAUUCCAUUUAGUCGGAGGCCCCCUCGCGUUCCUCACGUAUUCACACAGCACACGUGACGGACGGGAGACGAGGCCGUCUCGAAACCCAACGGGAUCACCAUCCACAAGGCGUCGAAUCGAUUGCCCCCUCCCGAGCAAGCCAAGUACAGCAACCUGCUCUUCACACAAUUCGACAUUCCUCUCUGUGAACUGGCGCGCGUGGCGGUGGAGGAUGUGCGGACGUCACCCGCUACGCGUUCACUUUCACGGAUGGGUGUGGCACGAUCGGCAGAUCUCAUGGAUGAACUCACGCAGGCACAUCAAGCGUUUCCAUCGAAAGUGUGCGCAGUGCUGGCGACCAGAGAUGAAGGGCGACCUGGUUGUCGACGCACGCUUGCUUCCCCGAAUGCUUUGCCUCCGCCCAUCCAGGAUCAAGCACCAUGUGUGGUCGACCUUACCACACUCUAAGUGAGAUCCAGCGCGGCGACGAUGCUUCCAGCGCUGCCCUUCGUCGUCAUGCUCCUAACAAUCAUGGCCACCACCCACCACUGAUGGAAUGCAAUCGACGAGAUCAUCGCGCUGCUCCUUCAACGAGGCGUCCCCGCUUCCGAAUUUUGAAACGCAGACGCAAACACUACAUCGACAGCGUCAACAGCACAUGGCGCUCGACUGCGCGAUCGCCUCGACGCUGUGGAAAACACUUGAGCCUCCAGCACUCCUUCUGGACGCCAACGACACAAGCAAAACAAGCCAAUUGCCCCCGAUGGAGGAGGUCCAUGACAACCAUCCGUUUCGAGGCCAAACAGAGGGAACGGAUCGCUAUCGUGGCAAAAAGUCCGGCAGCGCCACAUCACCGCCGCCGAGUUGGGCGGAAAGCUACAACGCGCCGUGUUUCUCACGAGAAGGAGGAGGCACGUCUCGUUUCGGCAUGCGGGCUUCCAACCCACAAGAACGUUUUGUUGCCGUGAGUUCGGCGCUCGCGACUGUCGACCUGCCAUCAUGGCGCUCUGAAGCGACGCAAGUUGACAUGGUCCAAGGCAAAUUGUCAUGCCAGUCGGUGAGACCACGUCUGCACGACAUCCGAGUCGGAUAUCGCAAUGCCCAUACGACCAAGUCUGUCCUGCGUCAGCGGCGGCAUCCUCAUCGUCGGCAAAGUGCAGUUUUUUCGGGUCGCGACAUUGGCCCGAUCCAGUGCGCGACACAAAACAAAACCUUGGAAGAGAACGCCGAUGUUUCUGCGUCGCGCGCCGCGGCAUACCCAAACACCUCGUGGAAACUCGUUCGACAGCAUCGGCCCAGAACGCCACCACAGCAGCACGCGGCACGGCCCCGUUCACCUCGGCCGCAACUGCAACUCGCGACAAAAACGCAUGACGUCCCACACAACGUCGGCGCGCGUUGGAGGACGUCGACAAUGCCAAGGCGGACGGAUGCCUUGACACCACGACCUGUGGUCCACCGAGACAUAUCGACUAUCGCGAUGGAGGGCAUCCAUCAAGACCAGCUCGUGGCAAGCGCCAUGCGACCUAACCUGGACGCGAGAUCUGCGCCGUCAUGGACGAUGAAGGGAUCUUUUUCUGGUUAGUUCAAAAGUCAUGGCCAGGCGUGGCGACGGCGACAUGGUCGCCGCCCGCGUUGUUCUUGACGAUCGCUUGGACGCGAGGACACACUUCGACGUCCUGGCCAUGGGUUUCAUAGCCGAGAAGGAGCAGUACGGUCGCGGCAAGCAGCAUGGGAAUGCCUCCCGCGAUCCACAUGAUGGUCGGACUCGACCAUUCGGCUUCGACCAUGAGCGGCAUCACGUACGGGCCAGCAAUCGCGCCGAUGCGGCUGAACGCGUUCGGGGUCGAGCAUCCUGUUGCGCGGAUGCCCGUGGGGUAGUUUUCUGGCGUAUACGCAUACAACGCUCCCCAUGCACCGAGCAUGAACCAACUCAUGAACGCACCCGCGAUGCGCAGGUUCCACUGAGUGUUCUCGACGUACCCAAACGCCAGCGCCGACGCAAACGAGCCCAAGAGGCAGCUGACAAGUACCCUGGAAACUGCCAGAACACGAUGAAGAAGAUGUCCCACGUCGACCCGUUGAUGUUGAAUCCGCCCUUCUCCUUGCCGCGAAUCGUCGGCAGCCACACGUAGAUGGCGUAGUACGAAAACGCAAUGAGGAUCCAGACCGUCCACAACACGACCGUGCGCACGAGAAACUCGCCGCGAAACAGCACGAGUUGGCGUUGGAAAGGGCUGAGCGUCGACCAGAUCGAGUCGCCAGCCACGUCGGCUUUGAUGUCGCCCGUCGUGGGCGACACCCCGUGGGCGCAUUCGAUCUUUUCCACGAUCGCUUCGGCCUCGGCCGACCGACCCACGGAAGCCAGCCACUUGGGCGACUCGGGAAUCCAGAAACGGAUCACAAUCGCCCACAGCGCAGGAAUGCAUGACAGGUAGAAUACGGUGCGCCAGCUCACGACCUUGACAAGCUCCAGACCCAACAGCACGGCGAGCAUGCACCCGACGGACCAGAACGACUCCAACAGAACGAUGAUGCGGCCUCGGACGGCCGUCGGCACCAACUCUUGGACAAGAACCGACGCGACCGGCAAUUCACCGCCCAAACCGAUCCCCGCGAUGAAGCGGAAUGCGAGCAUGGUGUCCACGUCCGACGCAGUCGCGCACAACAGUGUUCCCAGCAUAAACACGAGCAGUGUCAUGGCAAACAUAUUCUUGCGACCGUACAUGUCGGCGAGCUGGCCAAACAAGACGGCGCCCACGAGCGACCCAGCGAAGGACGCCGAUCCGAGCAAUCCCUUUUCAUGCGCGGUCGGUUUGAGCUCCUUCAUCCAGCCACCACUGCCACCCGUCGCAGUCCCGAGGUACGUGAACAGAAACACGUCCAUCGCGUCGAAGGCCCAGCCGAGCCCGGUCUUGAAGAGGAGGGCCCAAUAAGGACCGCUGAUGCAGAGGAAGCCCGUCAGCGGUAGGCUGUCCAGGCGCUGUGUGAUGCUCCGCACGUCGGCCAUGCUGGGCAAAGGCGGCGAGUUGCAAAAUGACGAGCAAAGGUCGCGCGGCGCUGGUUCCUGUCGUUUGCUAUCGGGUUUGUCCC